CCGGUAAAAUUUGGUCUGUUAUGAUGGAUGUUUCCGAUGUAUCAUUAGACAGUGUUGGUGCUGAUUUGCCACCUUUAGAGCAGGAAGACAAGGGGGUGGUUGGUCCAUUGGAUGCUGGGUCUGAUCCAGGUGGUGAUAGGGAGGAUGUCAUACAGGAUGACUCUUGUCAACUGUUUGGUAGGAAUUCCCCUGCAUUUCUGAAGGAGCGGGGUAACGUUGCAUUCAAGGAGGGUGACAUUUUUAGGGCACGCGAGUUGUACACAAGUGCCAUUGUGCGACUCGAAUAUGCUGACAAUAUCAGUCUUAAAUCGCAAUUAUUCGCCAAUCGUGCGGCUUGCAACUUGGCAUUUGAGGACUAUGAUGCAGCACUGGAGGAUUCAACGGAGGCAAUAGUCUUAGAUCCUUCUUAUGUUAAGGCAUAUCUCAGACGCAGCGUCGCAUAUGAAAAGAAAGGACUGCAGCAAAAAGCAUUAGCUGAUUUAGAAAAGGCAAUUAAGCUUGAUGCAUCUAUAGCACAUCAAAACAGUCCUAGGUUAAGUAAAUUGAAAAUUCUAGCUGAGAAGGAAUUUGCCACUGAAAAAGAAGAGAUGCUAGGCAAGUUGAAGGACUUAGGAAAUACUCUGCUGGGAAAAGUUGGCCUGUCUUUAGACAAUUUUAAAGUUAACAAAGACGAAGCCACUGGAUCAUACAAUAUUCAAUUUCAAAAUUAGGACUGUUUACAUACUUUGGAGGGUA